CCCGAAUCGAAAUGAGCUUAACCCUAUUUAUUUGUAGUCUGUGGAUGGCUCUCGCACUGGGACAACUGCCUCCUGAGAUUGAAAAAUGUAAGGCUGGUGAUUCAGUCUGCAUAGCGGAAACUGUGACGCGCAUUUUACGAUUGUAUCCCAAGGGUCUGCCCUCCAUUGGAUUGGAUGCACUCGAUUCGAUUGGAUUUGAUAAUGUGAUCGUUAGUCGUGUGGAACCAGAUGGCCCAUCAACAUUGGACUUGAGAUUCCAUAACUUAACCGUAAGGGGAUUCGCAGACUCUACAGUGGCGGAGACAAAGGGAUUCGAUGCUGAUUUGCCUCGAACUCUGGAGUUCAGUGGCUGGAUUCCAUUGCUCAAACUGGAUGGGUUUUACGAGAUGCAUGGCAGUCUGCUGACGAUGCCCAUCCAGGGAAUGGGCCAGGCCCAGGUGGAGGUCAAGGAGUGCCGCUUUCGCUGCAAGGUGAGGGCAGUGGAGCAACUGCGAGAAGAUGGCAAACGAUAUGCCGAGAUAGCCAAGGUCAAGUGCUUGCUGGAGGUGCAGGGCAUGUAUCUGAAUUUUGAAAAUCUUUUCAAUAAUCCGGACUUGAGCGAUGCCAUGAACGGGGUGGCCAACACCAAGUGGCUGGAUAUUUGGCAUACCCUUCGCAAGGGUAUCACAUCGGCAGUGGAUCAACUGGUCGAAUCGAUUCUAAAGCGAGUGGCUAACAAUUUGCCUUAUGAUGAUUUCAUGCGAUUUCUGGCCUACGUGGUUAUCAGCCUUCAGCUAUACGUUGGACUGCUGUGUCAGAGUUUGCCCGCAAAGGUGAAGAAGUGCCACUACGGCGAUGGCAAGUGCCUGGUGGAGUCGGCCAAUGCCCUGUUAAGGAACUACCCAAAAGGCAUACCCGAGGUCAAUCUGAAGCCCUUUAAUGUGGUGCCCGUGCGGGACUGGCUGCUGGUCAACGAUUCCCAGGUGGGUGGGGCCUGGUACUUCUUCGAGCUACUCAACCAGAUAAACUACGGCUUCGAGAACACCACCAUCACGGAGAUUCGGGGCUUCGACCGGGAUCCCACCUCCACCAAGAUCGAAAUUCACGGAAAGAUUCCCCGACUUGUCUACAAGGGCGACUAUCUGGCCAAGGGUCGGAUGCUCUGGUUCGUGGACAUAAACUCACACGGGACCUCGGAGUCAGAUUUUCUCAAUUUCCGGUUCGAUCUUACGUUAAAAGUGCGAAUCGAGUACAGGAACAAUAAGAGAUACCUUAAGAUUUAUGAGCUGGUCCCCAAUAUAAGGCUCGACAGGUGGAUAAUGUGGCUGGACAAUUUCUUUCCGGAUAACUACGACCUGACCAUAGCAAUCAACAAUCUAUUUAACCGGAACUGGGUAGAGUUCUGGAACGAAAUGGAGCCGAGCAUCCUGCGAUUGUUCGAAACCGUCUUCCUCAGCAUGGUCGAGGAUCUGUUCGAAAAAGUACCUUAUGAUGAUCUGUUCCUAGCCGAUGAAGACUCAAACUAGACUUAUGCUAAGUAGUAUUAACUUAAACAUAGUUGGUAGUAAGAAUAGCAUAGGGUAACAAAUUUUCUCUGAAAAUGUUUUGUAUAAAUUAGCCGUAGCUCACCUUUUAACUCCCCACAGUUAAUAUGUUAAAAAAAUACACCAUUUUGAAGGGGAAA